AUGGGAGAAGAGCUGCAGCAGCAGAACGGUUCUUCCGUUUAUAACCAAGUUUCUUCUAGUCAUGGCUAUGGAAGUUCGCUUGCUUACAAUCAAUCUGAAGACAUUGAAUCUGUUGCAAGGAAUGCUGUUCUUCGCGAACAAGAAAUUGAAACGCAGAAGAUCAUACAAGGUCAAAGAGAGGCUGGGACUUCAGUAGAUGGAGAAUCUGAGCAUAACACUGACAUUCUUCGUCAUCGUGCUGACCCCAAUGCUCUAAAGGAACAUUUGCUAAAGUUCACUGCACAUCAUCGGGCAGAAACAGCGUCAAAGCGUGGGAGUGUUAGUACUUGCGGAGAAGGUAAUGUGGAUGUUGGAAAUGGUUAUGGUAUACCGGGUGGAGUUGCUUACGCAGGCCACUCCAUGCCCAGCGAGAAGCCUGAACCUACCGAUGCUUCAAACAAUUUGCCUGAAUAUCUCAAACAAAAAUUAACAGCCAGGGGAAUUCUCAGAGAUGGUACAGGGGAUGUUACAUCCAAUAGGCAAGAUACGCCGGCGGUUAGUUGGAAUAGACAGACAAGCUCACCUUUACCGUCAAAUACACGCACCUUACCAGUAGGAUGGGUAGAUGCGAAAGAUCCUACUAGUGGUGCUACAUAUUACUAUAACCAGCAUACCGGAACAUGCCAGUGGGAAAGGCCUCUUGAGCUACCUCCAGCCCCUUCAAAUGCGCCACAUGUGCCUCCUAUAGAAGAGUGGAUUGAAACACUUGACGAAACAUCUGGUCAUAAGUAUUACUACAAUACAAAGACACAUGUAUCGCAAUGGGAACCUCCAGCUUCUUUACAGAAGCCCGCUCCCAUAAACUCUAACAACGUUAUCACCCAAAAUACCGCUAAUGGGAGGAGGGAGCAUCCUCCCUCUCAGCUGCCAAGAUGCAGCGGAUGUGGUGGCUGGGGAGUGGGCCUUGUCCAGAACUGGGGUUAUUGUGUCCACUGUACCAGAGUUUUCAAUCUCCCAGAACGGCAGUACUUGCCAGCAAGNUUAAACCACUUCACAAAUACAGGAGAUGCUGGUCAAAAGGAUCUGAACCAGAGGUCCAGUUCAAAACCUCCCAUGAAAAAGGGAGUAGGCAAAAAACGUGCUCAUGCCGAGGAUGAUGACUUGGACCCGAUGGACCCAAGCUCUUACUCAGAUGCUCCACGGGGUGGCUGGGUUGUUGGACUGAAAGGAGUACAACCGCGAGCCGCUGAUACAACUGCUACAGGCCCUCUGUUUCAACAGAGACCGUAUCCAUCACCUGGAGCUGUUCUCAGGAGAAACGCUGAGGUGACAUCAUCGCAGAAGAAGAAACCAAGCUCUCAUUUUACCGCAAUCACAAAGAGAGGCGAUGGAAGUGAUGGUCUUGGUGAUGCAGAUUGA